GGAAUACGGGUGGGAAAAACAACAGCUGGCUGCGGGAGUGGAGGACGGACGGGGCCUUUCUGCACUGCACCGUCUCAUUCAUAUUCUUUUACCCCCUAACAAAAUUGUAACAUAAGUAUCCAAACAUGCAGAGAAGAGGGAUGGCGCUGCGUUCGUGCCGCUGGUUCCUGUUUUUCGGCGGGUUGUUGUAUGGGGUUUGGGCUGACGGCUUGGUGAAUGAGGAGGUGAAGCGGACGCUGGACCUCAGCACGCACCUCGCGAAAAUAUCCGCCGAAAUCCUGCUGGCGAACCACGGCGACUCCGCGGCGCACAGCUUUAUCCUCGCACUAGAGCCUGAGCUCGCCCCACACCUCGCCUACAUCGGAGCGUCCGUAAAAGGUGAAGAGGACGAAGAUGAAGCUUUAGAAUUGAGGGAGACGUCCAUUAAAGGACAGAGUGGGACGUUUUUCCAGGCGCAGCUGCCGUCGGCCCUGGCACCCGGCGCCAAGCUGCGCGUGAAGGUGGAGACGGUGUUCAGCCACGUCCUCACACCUUUCCCCACUCACAUCAUGCAGGCUGAGAGGCAGCUGGUGGUGUUCCAGGGCAAUCACUACCUGUAUUCGCCCUACCCUACCCGUAGCCAGACCGCCCGCGUGCGCCUCGCUUCCAAAACCAUCGAGAGCUACACCAAGCUGGGCAACCCGAGCAAAAACGAUGAGGUGAUCGAGUACGGCCCGUUCAAGGACGUCCCUGCGUUCAGUCAGGACACCAUGAAGAUCCACUAUGAGAAUAACGCACCAUUCCUCACCAUCAGUAGCAUCACACGCAUCAUCGAGGUUUCCCACUGGGGCAACAUCGCCGUGGAGGAAACCAUCGACCUGAGACACACUGGGGCUGACCUGAAGGGGCCGUUCUCCCGCUACGACUAUCAGAGGCAGUCUGACAGUGGCAUCUCCUCCAUCAAAUCGUUCAAGACGAUCCUCCCCGCUUCCGCUCAAGACGUAUACUACCGGGAUGAGAUCGGGAACAUCUCCACCUCUCACCUGCAGGUCCUGGAAGAUUCCGUCGAGGUUGAAGUCCGUCCCCGCUUCCCCCUGUUUGGAGGGUGGAAGACGCACUACAUCAUCGGGUACAAUCUGCCCAGCUACGAGUAUCUAUACACCUUGGGCGAUCAGUACGCUUUGAAAAUGCGCCUGGUCGAUCACGUGUAUGACGAUCAGGUUAUCGACCAACUUACCGUCAAACUGAUUCUCCCAGAAGGAGCAAGGAAUGUGCAUUUGGAAACUCCAUACCCAAUUGAACGAAGCCCUGACCAGCUGCACUACACCUACCUGGACACUUUUGGCAGGCCUGUUCUGGUGGCCACUAAAAAGAAUCUGGUGGAGCAACACAUUCAGGACAUGGUGGUUCACUACACCUUCAAUAAGAUCCUGAUGCUGCAGGAGCCACUGCUGGUGGUCGGCGCCUUCUACAUCUUAUUCUUCACAGUCAUCAUUUACGUUCGUUUGGACUUCUCCAUCACCAAGGACCCUGCGGCAGAGGUGCGGAUGAAGGUGGCCUCCAUCACGGAGCAGGUCCUGACUCUGGUUAAUAAGAGGCUUGGUCUGUACAGACACAUGGAUGAGGUGGUGAACCGCUACAAGCAGUCACGUGACACCGGUGCCCUCAACGGGGGCCGUAAGAAUUUGGAGGCCGAGCACCGUGCCCUCACUAACGACGUUGCGGGCCUGCAGGCUCGCCUUAAAGCUGAAGGAUCUGACCUCGCUGAGAAGGUGGGAGAGAUCCAGAAGCUGGACGGCCAGGUGAAGGACUUGGUGUUACAGUCCUGUCAGGAGUCCGAGCGCCUCGUAACCGGGAAGCUGAAGAAGGAGGCGUACAUCGCAUCAGAGAAAUCGCUGACCAGCAAGAGACAGGAGCUGAUUUCGCGCAUCGACGCCCUUCUUGACGCUCUCUAAAGCGCACGCAGUGCCGUUACGUGCUGAAAAACACCCCAAACCCUCUCAUCCACACACUUACUCUCAAGUUUAUCGGCUUGAGCACUAUCAGCCACCUUAAAGUGUGUGUUGUGCCUUUUUCAUCCUGUAGGCUGUGUGAGAGGGGUGUGCACAUACACGUUUCCUUUGUUUGUUUCUGAUCACCAGGGAAAUGCAGUGGGUUUUAUAUGCAUUUUUGUCCAUUUCCUUUUUUUUUUUUUUUUUUUUUUUUUUUGUCUGAGGGGAUAAUUUUAGGAGAGGGCAGGUUGAUGUGUUUCAGCUACGUCAGCACCUGGUGAAACAUUUCUUUCUUUCUGUGUUCUUGGCACUUAAUCUCUAAUCUGUGUUUUUUGCUCUGCCCUGGGAAAAAAAAUGCAAAAAUACAGAAGCUCUGAACACAAUGGUUGGCAUGUUAUUGAAAUCUUCUCCCCCUUAUUUUGUUAGCUUGUCUCUCGGAUUUUUUUUUUUGUAUAAUUUUCCAUUUUGUAAAUGAUGUGCUUUCAUACCAAGAAUUUAGUGGAUGAACACGAGUUGUGUGUCAGGGGGGGGAUGAAGGAAAUGCUGAAUGUUAAGUUCCUUAAGUGUCAAGAUUUGGAAAAUUAAAAUAAACAUGUUGUUAUAAAUUACA